UUUUAGGUGAAGAAAAAAAAAACGAAAAAAAAAACGAAAAGAAAUAUUUAUUUGAUGAAAUGAUAACAACAGUAACAGCACCAACAACAACAAUAUCAGCAACUGUUGAUAUUUCAUUGAAUUUAGUAAUUACGGAAGAACAAAGUGCUACAAUGGAACGGAAAAAUAAACCGGAAAAACAUAAUGAACAAUUUUUAUUUAUUGAUGAAAAUGAUAAGAAUGAAUUACAAUUAAAUACUGAGCCAACAAUAUCAGAUUGGAGUGAUGUUGUUCAAAUAUCUAAAACAGUUAUUGAUACAAAUAGGUAUAACGAACCGGAUGAUAAAAGUUCAACGAAAUCAGUAAAAGUUUCAACAACAUCGGAAACACCUGCAUUUGAUUUUACAAAAAUUGAAACAUUAUUUUCAAACUCAACGACAGCUUCCUCCAAUAUUGAUAAGCUUGAUGAAUGUGAAAUAACAGAUAUCAAAGAUAACAAUAUAGGACAAGAAGAAGAAGAAGAAGCAAUUCAAGUACCAAGAGAAGAGAUUAAUGCAUCGACAAGUUUGAAAAUCGAAGAUUUGGUAUUUGAAAAUAUUGUAAUAACCGAAAUAAAUAGUAAAAACAACAACAACAACAACAACAACAACAACAACAACAACAUCAACAACGACAAUAACAACGGCGAUAACAACAGCAACAACGACAACAGUAACAACAACGAUAACAACAACAAUAACGACAACAACAACAACAACAACAACAACAAAAGCAAUCUACAACAUCGAAAUAAAGAAGAUGUAUAUUCAGUGAAUGGUACUGUAGCCGUUUGCGACAAAAUAUCAUCGUUAAUAUGCGAUGAAAAAUCAACGAAAUGCUUAAAUCAUUGCUACGAUCAAAAUAUUAUUAAAAAGAAAAAAUCAAAAAGUAAAGAAAAAAAUAUUAUUCGUUCACGUGAAUCAUCAAUAACUUCAUUAUCAUUUCAACGUUCCCUUACGCCAUCACUUGAUCCAAAAUUAUUACGACAAUUUGAAGAAGAAGAUCGUCCUAAACGUAUCCUACGUUCAUCAACAAUUGCUGCAAAUACAUCAAAGAUUACCAGUACUACUACUACUACUACUACUACUAGUAUUACAAAUGGUUGUAGUAUUAUCAAUGAUACAUUAUCAAUCAAACAUAUCAACAACAAAAAUGAUUUUACAACAAAAAUGGCUGCAAAAAAAUCAAUUGUUAAAAAAACAUUUUUGAAAAAAUCAAAAAAUCGGAAAAAGUUAGACAAAUUUUCGACAAAUUUUACAACUAAUAGCACAUUAUCAUCAUUGGGAAAUAUUUUUUAUUCCAAAGAAUUGAAUGAAAAAGUGAAACGGAAACGAUCACAAUCUAAAGAAUUCAAUAAACAAAUUGAAUUAAAUACCAAACGUUUAAAGUUUGUUUUUGUUUACAUGUAG